GUCAAAUGACAGUUCGAGAUUUGGUUUUUAGGGUCAUUUUUGUUACCUUUAAUGUAUCUCAAUGUCAAAAACGUGCUUUGAAAUUGUUUACAAAUUUUAAUGUAGUUCUGGAUCAGAAAAAUAAAAUUAUAAUCAUAUAAAAAAUAAAAUGGAAAUUGAAAGUGAAAUUAACCACAAUGAAAAAAAUCCACGCAAUAAGUUCAGGAAAAAUAAUAAAAAUAAUAAAUUUUUAAGAAAUGCAAAAGGUUUCGGUAAACGAGGCAGUUGUGGGCGAGGUACAAAUAUCCCCGACGAUGUGUAUCAAUAUCUAAUAAAUAUCUUAGAUGCUAUGAAAAAUGGCUUUGAGUCUUUAGAAGAGAAAUGUUCCAUGGCUGAUAAUGUUUUUGAUAAUUGUGUGGAUCACGAAGUUCAUUUGGCUUCCAAUCAAGUUGGAUCGAAGGCACUGGAAUUUCUAAUAGGUUUCGUGUCAGAAAAUCACCUUACCAAUUUCAUGCAAAAAUUUUCGGAAAAUUUUCGUCCUAUAUGUUCAGAUUCAUUUGCAUCGCAUGUUUUGCAAAAGAUGGUUGAAAUUGCUUUUCUUCGGUCAAAAGCAUACAAAAAUAUGGAUGAGGAAGAUAAAAUAAAUAAUGCAGAGGAACCAAUCACAAAGAAAAUCAAGGUUAAUGACUGUGAAGAUGAAACAUAUAAUACAAAAACAAAAUUUAGUAAAAACCAUCGCAAGGAAUGUUCCGAGUUUGUUUUAAAAGUUGGUAAAUUUUUAUUAAAUAAUUUGGAGGAUUUUAUUUGGGACACCCAUGCAUCUCAUAUUAUGCGUACAUGUAUUCUAUGUUUGUCAGGUAUCUAUUCGAAAAAAGAGGCAUUUGACCAAAAUAAUAUUAGUAACAUAUUGAGUAAUGCAAAUUAUUAUCAAGUUCCUUCCGAAUGGAUCGAAAUUGCAAAAGAGUUUUCACAACGAAUAGAGUUGUGGCCUCAAUUUUCUGAACUUCCAUAUUCUGACUUAACAUCAGGUUUCCUUUCAAUACUCUGUUUAGCGCUAAAGCAAAUUGAUAAAAAUUUUUUGAAACAUUUUGGCAGAAAAAUUUUGAUUGAAGCAUUUAUUAAAAUAGAGGAAAAUGAUGAGAAAAAAGAAAUAAAAGAUGGUAUUGAUAAUGAAAAUGAAAGUGCAAAUAAAGCUCAAGACGAAUUAAAUAUGGCGAAAGUAUUCUACUCAUCGUCGUCAAUUAGAUUGCUAGAAACACUUAUUAUUUUAUCAGGGCCAAAACUAUUUACCCAACUUUAUGCAAUGCUAUUUCCAGGGAAGAUAUUACCGCUUUCAUUAGACAGAACAACAAAUUUUGCUGUACAAAAAAUCAUAGAAAAUGUUAAAGAGAAAACAGAUUUUGAGUCCAUAUUUGAAGAACUGAAGGAUAGUUUUGAAGACAUCUUAAAAAUAGGCCAUACAGGGGUUGUUUCUGCUCUAUCAAGUACUUGUCUGCGUUUACAAACAAAACAAGGAGCAUUCAUUAAAGCAAUACAAACUGCUUUGCAUACAAUUGAUUCUAAGGAAAAGUCUGACCAAAUUUUUAAAUGUUUACUUAAAUUAAAACCAUAUGAAAUUGCUAUACAAGAUAAAACACAGUUUGUUCAUCUUCAUGGUUCACUUAUAGUGCAAAAUAUUUUAAGAUUCAAUAAACCAAUAUUUUUAGUCAAUUCGAUUUUAAAUUUUAGUUCUAUUGAAUUAGUUGCGAUUUUAAACACUCAAAAAGGAUCUUUUAUUGCUGAUGUAUUCUUAGAGAGCAAAUUUAUUGGUGAGAAAUCAAGAGAAAAGUUUAUCAGACAUAUGGAAGGAACGUAUAUUGAUCUAGCAAUUACGAAAUCAGGAUCCAGAGUAAUUGAGAAAUUUAUCGAAUCUUCCAAUGAGAGUCAAAAAACAAGAAUUGUUAAGGAAUUAUCUGAAAAAGAAAAUCAAUUAAAUGGAACAUUCUUUGGAAGAUUAAUAUUUAAGAAAUUCCGAAUUAGCACUUAUAAAUUAAGUCCGGCUGAAUGGAAAACCUCUUUUAAUAAGACGAAAAAAGCAGAAAAAUUAUUCAAAGAUAUUUUAGAAAAAUAAAAAUAUAUUUAUAGAAAUAAUACGCUUUUUAAUAAAUUUGAGAAUUAAGUGCGAAUGAAAAUAAAAUUAUAAUAUCAGAUUAAAUUAAAAUUAAUUUUUGAAAAUCAAGAAAAAUCAACGUCAUAUCUACUUUGAGCAAUCAUUUUUAAAA